AUGAACUUUAGUAUUACAAGAAAUUCUCCAUCAUUAACUCAGAAAAUUGUAAGCCAGCUGAAAAUGAAGCAGGUUCCAGAGAUCCUUGGAAAUACCAAUGGGAAGACUCAGAAUUGUGAAGUCAAUCGGGAAUGUUCAGUGUUCCUCAGCAAAGCCCAGAUUUCUACUACUCUACCAGAGGGUGUCAUGCAAAAAUUUAAUGGCCACGAAGCUCUACCUUUCAUUCCAGCUGACAAAUUGAAAGAUCUGACCUCUCGUGUCUUCAAUGGGGAGUCUGGUGCCCAAGAUGCCAAACUGCGCUUUGAAUCCCAGGAAAUAAAGGGAAUUGGAACACCUCCUCACACUACUCCUAUUAAAAAUGGCUCUCCUGAGAUUAAACUGAAAAUCACCAAAACUUACAUGAAUGGAAAGCCUCUCUUUGAAUCUUCUAUUUGUGGAGACAAUGGUCCAGAUGUGUCCCAGUCAGAAGAAAAUGAACAAAAACUAGAAAACAAGUCAAGAAGGAAUAGGAAAAGGAGUAUAAAGUAUGAUUCCUUACUUGAACAGGGCCUUGUUGAAGCAGCUUUGGUGUCUAAGGCUUCAAGUCCCUCAGAAAAAAAGAUUCUGGCUAAGAGAGAGUCAUAUCCAAACAUCAACAAAGAAAAAGAUCAUUUGUUGAAGUACAAUGUUGGAGAUUUGGUAUGGUCAAAAGUUUCGGGUUAUCCUUGGUGGCCAUGUAUGGUUUCAGCAGAUCCUCUCCUUCACAGCUAUACCAAACUAAAAGGACAGAAAAAAAGUGCUCGCCAAUAUCAUGUACAGUUCUUUGGUGAUGCUCCAGAAAGAGCUUGGAUAUUUGAGAAGAGCCUCGUAUCAUUUGAAGGAGAAGAGCAAUUUGAAAAAUUAUGCCAGGAAAGUGCAAAACAGGCACCCACAAAAGCUGAGAAAAUCAAGCUAUUAAAACCUAUUUCAGGGAAAUUGAGGGCCCAAUGGGAAAUGGGUAUUAUUCAAGCAAAAGAAGCAGUGAGUAUGACGGUAGAAGAGCGGAAAGCCAAGUUUACCUUCGUCUAUGUUAGAGACCGACUUCAUCUUAAUCCUCAAGUAGCUAAGGAAGCUGGCAUUGCUGUUGACCCGUUAGAAGAAAUAGAAGAAUCUUCAGAUAUAAGUGAAGAAACUGCUCAAAAUCCAAAGCAUAAAGAUUUAGGUGUUCCUAUCAAGAGAAGGAGGAGAUCAAAAUUGCUGUCUUGUACUGAUAACCUGGAAAGUGAUUCAGGGCCUAAAAACAUUACUCCUCAAAGGGCAGCUGAACAGGCAGAUUCAAAAAGAGGAUUGGGCUCUCCUGUUGGUAGAAAGAAGGCUGCAGCAUCUACUCCAAGAAGCAGAAAGGGAGAUUCAGGGUCUCAGUUUUUGGUCUUCUGUCAGAAGCAUCGAGAUGAGGUAGUUGCUGAACAUCCAGAUGCUUCAUCUGAAGAGAUUGAAGAAUUGCUUGAAUCCCAGUGGAAUAUGCUUAAUGAAAAGCAGAAAGCUCGUUAUAACACAAAGUUUGCCAUAGUGACCUCUCCUAAAUCUGAAGAAGACUCUGGUAACUUACAUGGAAAAAAAAGAAACCAUACAAAGAGGACACAGCACCCUACAGAAGAUUUUGAAGUUCAGGAACCACCCAGGAAAAGACUCAGGAUGGAUAAGCACAGUAACCGGAAGAGGGAGACAAGCAAUGACAAAACAACCAAAACAAACUCUUCAAAGGUCACAGAAACCUCCUCUUCUCUAAAGAACCAGUCAGCCACAAAAAAUCUGUCUGAUGCAUGUAAACCACUGAAGAAGCGAAAUCGGGCUUCAGCAGCAGAAUCUUCAACUCUUGCAUUUAGCAAAAGUUCAUCUCCUUCAACUUCCUUAACUGAGAAUGAGAUCUCAGAUGGUCAAGGAGAUGAACCUUCAGAGUCCCCAUAUGAAAGUGCAGAUGAAACUCAAACUGAAAUAUCUAUAUCUUCCAAAAAGUCUGAGCGAGGAACCACAGCUAAAAAGGAAUACGUUUGUCAGCUUUGUGAGAAAUCUGGCAAUCUUCUACUUUGUGAGGGACCGUGUUAUGGAGCCUUUCAUUUAUCCUGCCUUGGGCUUUCUAGACGACCAGAAGGAAAAUUCAUUUGUAGUGAAUGUACUUCAGGGAUUCACUCGUGUUUUGUUUGUAAGGAGAAAAAAACAGAAGUGAAACGCUGUGUUGUAUCCCAGUGUGGAAAAUUUUACCAUGAAGCAUGUGUGAAAAAAUACCACCUUACUGUAUUUGAGAGCCGAGGAUUCCGUUGUCCCCUCCACAGCUGUGUAAGCUGUCAUGUAACAAAUCCUUCAAAUCCAAGAUCAUCAAAAGGGAAAAUGAUGCGAUGUGUUCGCUGUCCAGUUGCUUAUCAUGGAGGAGAUGGCUGUUUGGCUGCAGGGUGUUCUGUGAUUGCUUCCAACAACAUUGUUUGCACUAAUCAUUUUACUGCUCGGAAAGGAAAAAGUCAUCAUGCCCAUGUGAAUGUGAGCUGGUGCUUUGUGUGCUCAAAAGGGGGGAGCCUAUUAUGCUGUGAGUCAUGUCCAGCAGCAUUCCAUCCAGACUGUCUGAAUAUUGAAAUGCCGGAUGGCAGUUGGUAUUGCAAUGACUGCAGGGCUGGAAAAAAGCUUCAUUUUCAAGACAUCAUUUGGGUCAAACUUGGAAACUACAGAUGGUGGCCUGCAGAAGUUUGCCAUCCAAAAAAUGUUCCUCCAAAUAUUCAGAAAAUGAAGCAUGAGAUUGGAGAAUUUCCCGUGUUUUUCUUUGGGUCUAAAGAUUAUUACUGGACACAUCAGGCACGAGUCUUUCCCUAUAUGGAAGGAGAUCGGGGAAGCAGAUAUCAAGGAAUUAAAGGAAUUGGAAAAGUCUUCAAAAAUGCACUGCAAGAAGCUGAAGCUCGUUUUCGAGAAAUAAAGCUUCAGCGGGAAGCUAGGGAAACCCAGGAAAAUGAACGUAAACCUCCACCUUACAAACACAUUAAGGUGAAUAAACCUUGUGGAAAAGUUCAGAUAUAUACAGCUGAUAUUUCUGAAAUUCCCAAAUGCAACUGCAAGCCUACAGAUGAAAAUCCUUGUGGUUUUGACUCGGAGUGUUUAAAUCGGAUGUUAAUGUAUGAGUGCCACCCUCAAGUUUGUCCAGCAGGAGAGCAGUGCCAAAACCAGUGCUUUACCAAACGUCAGUACCCAGAGACAAAGAUCAUCAAAACCGAUGGCAAAGGCUGGGGCCUGGUUGCCAAGAGGGAUAUCAAAAAGGGAGAGUUUGUGAAUGAGUAUGUUGGUGAAUUAAUUGAUGAAGAAGAAUGUAUGGCAAGAAUCAAGUAUGCACAUGAAAAUGACAUCACACAUUUCUAUAUGCUUACUAUUGAUAAGGACCGGAUAAUUGAUGCUGGUCCCAAAGGAAACUAUUCUCGAUUCAUGAACCACAGCUGCCAGCCAAAUUGUGAGACUCUAAAAUGGACGGUCAAUGGAGACACACGUGUGGGAUUGUUUGCUGUGUGUGAUAUUCCUGCAGGGACAGAGCUGACUUUUAAUUACAACCUUGAUUGUCUGGGCAAUGAAAAAACUGUCUGUCGAUGUGGUGCCUCUAACUGUAGUGGAUUCCUUGGUGAUAGACCAAAGAACUCAGCUGCUCUUUCUUCAGAGGAAAAGGGCAAAAAGACCAAGAAAAAAACAAGGAGACGUAGAACAAAAGGUGAAGGAAAGAAAGAAUCUGAAGAUGAUUGUUUCCGUUGUGGUGAUGGAGGUCAGCUGGUACUAUGUGAUCGGAAAUGUUGUACUAAAGCUUAUCAUCUGUCUUGUCUAGAUUUGGUUAAACGUCCUUUUGGGAAAUGGGAAUGCCCUUGGCAUCAUUGUGAUGUAUGUGGCAAACCAUCAGUUUCUUUUUGCCAUUUCUGCCCAAAUUCCUUUUGCAAGGAACACCAAGAUGGGACAGUCUUCAGCACCACACAAGAUGGACGGUUAUGCUGCUCUGAACAUGACUUUGGAGUGGAGUCUAUUAGAAACCCAAAGACUGAGAAACCCUUCCCAGAACCAACCAAGUUGAAGCCCAAGAGAAAGAAAAGGAGGUGUUGGAGGAGAAAAACAGAGUGCAAAUAGUGACAGACUUCAGGGGUUUUAUGUGUUUGUGAGUGGUUUUUUUUUUGUUUGUUUUUAACUGCCAACACUAUCUUGUAGAUACAAGGGUCUAUCUUGUGAAUAGGGUCAACGAAGGACACAGUUUUACAU